AUGGAGGGUUUAGAUAUUAGCAUAUCUCCUGAUUUAAGUGACUUAUUAGAUGAAGAAGAUGAAGAAUUGGAAAAAGUUCACAGAGAGCAAGACAAGGAGUGGAUGACUUUGUGUCAACUAGCAGGAGCUCACAAGCCAUGUAAUGAGCGAUAUUUGCCUUUCUUUAAAGAUUGCAUUGGGGCACUUGAUGACACACAUGUUAAAGCUAGAUUGCCGCAAGGAUCGGCUCAUGACAGUCGUAUAUUUCGUGAGGCUCUUCGUAGACAAGAAUUCAACUUUCCACAUCCAUUGAAAAAUAAAUAUUAUCUAUUUGAUUCUGGAUAUUCACACACAAAGGAAUAUAUGGCUCCUUACAGAGGAGAUAAUGUGAGAAAGAAGUGCAAUGUGGAUAAUGCAUUUCAAACAACUGAUAAUGAAAGAUAUAUUUCAUCGGUUGAUUUUGAUGUAGGCACAACUUCAACAGCUAACAAAAUAGAUGGCAAACAUGUGAAUGAGGAAAGUAAUGUGCAUUGGGUGGGACUUCGUGAUGUGAUUGCGAAUGAUAUUUGUAAUGCUUGA